AUGCUGUCAAGAAAGCUGUUGUUAACAGUGGCAAGAGUUUCGAAGGCUUCAUCAAACAGUUUCGGAACAAGUGGUCGCUUUUGCGCAGCUGGUGCAGAAGUGUUAAAAAUUUUGGAAGAUCGUAUACGAGGACAGGAGUCGACCGUCAAUCUUGAAGAAACCGGUAAAGUACUUUCUAUUGGUGAUGGUAUUGCUCGCGUAUAUGGUCUCAAAAAUAUUCAAGCUGAAGAGAUGGUGGAAUUCGAUUGCGGUAUGAAGGGUAUGGCAUUGAAUCUGGAGCCGGACAAUGUAGGUGUGGUGGUGUUUGGUAACGAUAAGGUUAUUCGAGAAGGUGACGUUGUGAAGCGUACGGGAGCAAUUGUUGACGUGCCAGUUGGAGAAGCAUUGCUGGGCCGUGUCGUGGAUGCGCUGGGUAAUCCGAUUGAUGGUAAAGGACCAAUAAAAUGCACGGAACGAUCUCGAGUUGGUGUCAAAGCUCCAGGAAUUAUCCCUCGUAUUGGGGUACGUGAACCUAUGCUUACUGGAGUGAAAGCUGUGGAUUCGUUAGUACCGAUUGGGCGUGGACAACGUGAACUUAUUAUUGGAGAUCGACAGACUGGGAAAACAGCCAUUGCAAUUGAUACGAUAAUAAAUCAAAAACGAUUUAAUGAAGGUAGCGAUGAAAAGAAAAAACUUUACUGUAUAUAUGUUGCUAUUGGACAGAAACGGUCUACUGUUGCGCAAAUCGUAAAGCGACUCACUGAUACUGGUGCUAUCAAAUAUACAAUUAUUGUCUCGGCUACGGCAUCAGAUGCUGCACCACUGCAAUAUUUAGCACCAUAUUCUGGUUGUGCUGUGGGUGAAUACUUUCGAGAUCAUGGAAAACACGCGUUGAUUAUUUACGAUGAUCUUUCAAAGCAAGCCGUGGCUUAUCGACAGAUGUCGCUGUUACUCAGACGUCCUCCCGGACGUGAAGCAUACCCCGGCGACGUCUUCUACCUUCAUUCUCGCUUGUUAGAACGAGCAGCAAAAAUGAACGAUUCUCAUGGGGGUGGCUCACUUACAGCACUGCCAGUUAUUGAAACUCAAGCCGGCGACGUUUCCGCUUACAUCCCCACCAAUGUAAUUUCAAUCACAGAUGGUCAAAUAUUUCUGGAAACAGAAUUGUUUUAUAAAGGCAUACGACCUGCAAUCAACGUUGGCUUGUCAGUUUCGCGAGUCGGUUCAGCUGCACAGACAAAAGCGAUGAAACAGGUAGCUGGUUCAAUGAAACUGGAGUUGGCUCAGUACCGUGAAGUAGCUGCAUUUGCUCAGUUUGGUUCCGAUUUGGAUGCAGCUACGCAACAGCUGUUGAAUCGUGGUGUGCGUUUAACGGAACUUCUCAAACAAGGACAAUAUGUACCAAUGGCUAUCGAAGAGCAGGUCGCCGUAAUUUAUGCUGGUGUUAAGGGACACCUUGAUAAAUUGGACCCAUCCCGCAUAACUGUUUUUGAGAGAGAGUUUUUAACUCACAUUCGACAGACCCAAAAAGAAUUGCUGAAAACGAUUCGUGAAGAAGGUCAAAUAACUCCACAAACUGAUGCAAAGUUAAAGGAUCUAGUGACCUCGUUUAUAGCUAGUUUUAAACAAUAG